AUGUCAGGGAGCGCUAGGGGUGAUAGAUCGACGCGAGAGGAGGAAGAAAAGAAUUUGUACAAUCCACGAUCACCAUCCUUUUGUCGUGCCUGUGUGGACUUAUCCACCUACAAAAAAAUUCGGCCUGAGUCUCGUAAGGCGUCGCCAUUUUUCCUCGACCCGAAGAGCUGUCCACUUGACAAGACUAGUCUUGGUCGUGCAACGUGGUCUCUUUUGCAUACAAUGGCUGCCUACUAUCCAGUCACUCCAACCAAAGAUGAGAUGAAAUCAAUGAUAAGCUUCAUCAACGAAUUCGCAAACUUCUUCCCAUGCAAAUACUGCGCUGAUGACUUCAAGAAAAACAUUAGCAUUCAUCCUCCAGACGUUCGAAGUCGCGAGACGUUCAGUGGGUGGUUGUGUAUGCAGCACAAUCUAGUGAACAAGAAGACGGGAAAGCCGCUUUUUGACUGUUCUCGUGUUAUGGAACGUUUGGAGCAAAAGAUGAAUCAAACUAUGACUGCAGAAGGGGCCUUGGGGCCAAUGGAACGCCUUAUGCAGGCAAUGCGGGACUCGGCACCUGUCUACGUGGUGACUCGUGGCAUGCGGGAUAUCCGUGCCAUCCUAACUGGCCGUAUGGUUGCGUUCGACCGAUAUUGGAACCUGAUUCUGGCCGAUGUGACCGAGUAUAAGACAGCCACUCAUCCCAAGCUCCAAAGCAAUGAAGGCCCUGGAAAGCGACGUCGCAGACGACAGAGACGAAUUGAAAAGGUGGCGGAACGAGUGGCACAACGCAGCCAGUACAUGUCUAGUGAUGAAGAUGAAGUUGCAUCUUCGGAGUCGUCUCUAGUAGGUUUUGGGAGCGGAGGAUGGACAGCUUCCAUGCAGUAUGAUGAUCCCACGGGGUUCAAUCCACCCCUUGAACCAGUGUGCAACUGGUAUGGACAGCUGUUCAUUCGAGGAGCAAAUGUUGUGUUUGUUCGAAUCCUCCCCGUCACUACUGAAGCGGGGGACUAG